CCUCCAGGAUUUCCUCCACUAAGAGUUGUCAUUUUCCUAUCAGCAGGUGAUACGACCUGUUCAGCAGAUUGAUUGUCAGAUUAAUUCAAACCCUGUCUGUAAACAGACACUUGAAUCACAAUGGACACGUAGCAGGUUCGGCGACAAGGAAGUGUCUCCAAGGGACAUUUUUCUCGAGCUCAAAGUCCAGGCACGAGAGAUUCUUGGAGCCACACAUACCUCUGAUCCACUGACAUGAGCAGGACUCUGUCAGACUGCAUCUGGUCUACACAAGUUAGAGCUGUUUUUAGGGCUGAUGGUGUGUUUCUGGUCUAUUGUCUGAGAAGCCGGAGGUGACUAAGAAGCUUUUCACAUGGAGCUGAGAGAAUUCAGAGACUCACAUGCUUCAGGCUUCAAUGACCACUAUAGUCCCCAGUCCUCACUCAGGCACCGGGGCAGUCCUGACCUGCAGGAGAACGCAAACACAGUCCAGUUUGACUGGAGCUCACAUCCUGAAGAGAGCGAUGAUGGAGAUUCACAUCAGCCUCAGAACCUCAAAGAGCUUCCACUGCACAUGGCCCUAAAGAGAGCUAUAUGGCAGGUGCAGCAGAUGAGAGUACCAGUCGUAACCCGCUGGGGUUCGUGGCGCAUCCAUCAGUCCAAAGCAUUCCGCCGAUUUCGGGAAGACGCCAAGGACAUGCUGGCUAAGCUGGCACUCUGGAGGAAAACGAUUCACAAGAUCGGAGGACAUUUUGGUGGUGGAGUCCAGUCCUAUUUCCUGUUCCUGAGGUUUCUUGUUAUUCUCAAUUUGCUGUCCUUCCUGCUGAUUGCUGGCUUUGUGAUCAUCCCCAGCAUUGUCUUCCACACUGUUUCUUCCAGUGACUCCAGCAGCAUAGACCCUCUGCCCUCUGUCAACCUGACAGGAAAGGACGUGUGUCUGCACUAUGACCCUAAUCCUGAGGUUCUCACUGUUUUCUACACAUACUUCCUGGACUUGCUCUCAGGAACGGGCUUCAUGGAGUAUUCUUACAUGUUUUAUGGUUUCUAUAACAACACGUUGGUCAUAAGCAGUGGCUUCUCUUACAACAUCCCACUCGCCUACCUGCUGACCGCUGCCUUCUAUUUCCUCUUCUGCCUCGCCUGCAUCAUCGUUCGGAUGGGCAGUGUGACUCGGAUCAUGGUGGCUGCGGGCGGAGGGGCUGUAGGCGGCUACAGUAUGUUGGUUUUCACAGGAUGGGAUUACGGCCUUCAGGGAGAGCGUGCCACCAAGCUGAAACAGAACAACCUGCUCUACCAGUUACAGGUGGAUUUGGAGGAGGAGAGGAUUAAACAGAAGGCUGCCUCUCUGACUCUGACGCAGACAGUGGGUCUGUACUCGUUGCGCAUUUUCCUACAACUCUUCGGUCUCGCCAUGAUUGUGGGGGCUUUCUUUGGCAUCGCUGCUGCGACCCAGUUCAGUCAGUCUCAGCAGCAAGGAGGCAUUGUGGGCCUGAUGCUCCAGUACUUACCCUCUAUCGUCAUAACAACAAGCAACUUUGUGGUGCCCUUCCUGUGUGACCAAGUCGCCCGGUUGGAGAAAUAUUCUCCUAGUAUCACAAUCAUCCUGGCACUGCUCCGGGCAGUGUUUCUGCGUUUAGUGAGUUUGGCAGUGCUGCUGUACACUCUGUGGGAGCAGAUCACCUGUGAUGGAGACGUCACUACUGGGAAAUGCGUACCCUGCAGUUACAACAAUGAGCAGUAUCAGUGCUGGGAGACACGGGUGGGGCAGGAAAUGUACAAGCUGACACUCUUUGACUUCUUGAUCACCAUUGCCAUGCUUGUUCUGGUGGAGUUUCCACGCAGAUUUGUUGUGGACAACUGCUCGUGUAAGUUGGUGCAGUGGGUGGGUCGGCAGGAGUUUCUGGUGCCGCCAAACGUUCUGGCUCUUGUGUACGGUCAGACGGUGGUGUGGGCCGGUGCCUUCUUCUGUCCUCAACUGCCCCUCAUCAACACCAUCAAAUUCAUCAUCAUCUUCUACUGCAAAAAGGGCACUCUGUUCCAGAACUGCCGUCCAGCUCUCAGGACUUUCCGCUCCACCAGCUCCAACUUCUUCUUCUUUGUGGUUUUGCUGAUUGGCUGGAUGCUCGCCAGCGUGGUGCUUAUUUACAGUGUGGCCACUAUUCAUCCCUCCUACAACUGCGGUCCAUUCCGCUUUUCCGAAACCAUGUGGACUGUUGUUCCCAACUCCUUCCAUUCACUCUCCAACACCACCCAGGAGUUUCUGUUCUACAUCGGCUCGCAGGCCUUCUCCAUCCCGCUCUUCAUUUCGUCCUGUGUGUUUCUGUGUUAUGUUGCUGCACUCGCCACAGUCUAUGGGAAAACUGUAGCUCUACUGAAGAACCAGCGUAAAAUGGAGGGGCGUGAUAAGCAGUUUUUGGUUAAACAGAUCAAAGAGAUAGCAGCGCUUUACAAAGAAGAGCAAGAACCAGAGCAGCCCCUGAGACAAAGCCAAUCCCAGAGGAAUGGCACACCGCAGUGGGGGGGACAGCACAACCCUGCGUUUGACCCAGACAUAGAGAUGAUGACACAACCCAGAGCUUUUUUCCCAGAUGACUAUGAGAAUCCUGGACUCCAUUACAGAGAAGGAUGACCAACGGCUUAGACUCAUUAACUGACAGCACCAGACCUGUGUUAGUCUUUCUUUUAGACCUGGAAAGUACACCAGAGAGACUCAGACAGAGUGCUGAGGUGCACAUUUGUGUCCUAUAAAAACUCCAUCUACAGCAUAUCUUAACUCAUUAUUUUUUCAUUUCUUUUGGAACCAAACCUAACAAAAUACUAUAUUUUUUGUGAAGGACCUAUUCUCAAGGGAAUUCACAUAUGUACCAUAUAUGAAAAUAAUUUCUUUUGGAAAAACAUUUUAAAAGGAUUAUACUGCAUGUAAAGGAUAGACCUGUUGCAAAAAGCAUUUACAUAUAUGUGCCAUAUAUAAAAUAUGGUGAUAGGGCUUAUAUUUCAUCAAAUGCACACUGUGAAAUCAAAUGUUUUCGUAAUUUUGACCUUUGUGUGAUCCUUUAUGCAUUACCUCUGAGAUAGCCAGCAAAACAACUUUAUGUAAUAUAAUGUAAUAAAUAUAUGUAUUUAGUGCCAAAUGGAUUGCAGUGUGUUUGGAGCUCCUCUUUCUUCAUCAGACCUGACUGAUCUGUUUUCUAUUUCCACUCAAGUUCUUACAUUCAGUUUUUACACAAAUGAUUUGCCUGCUGUUUGCAGGGACUCUGAUGCGCAAAUAUGUGCAGACAGUAUUGUAUGUUAUGUGCAUGCAAUGUCUAAACAGCGAGCAGCAAAUGAGCUCACUGCAGUGAUGGCUGAAGUUUAAUUUGUCAAAUUCUUUGUUAUGUGAGAAAUUGUUUAACUGCUAAAGUAGCAAUGCUAUAUUUAAAUUUGGUGAUUGUUCCAUGUUUGAUUUUCUGCCUACACAAGCCCACAGCACAGCACUUAAUCUAUGCAGUCAGUUCAUCAUUAGGCUGUUAAAGACCAGAGGAGGUGCUGUGAUAACUGUGAGGAAGACAUCCUUUGGACAGUCAGCUUUUUCUCUAAGAGCAGCUCACACUCAGAAUGAGCUGCCUGUACAUAUAAGAGAAUGCAUUUCAUUUGGUUCUUUUUCAGCUCAUUUAAAGUCUUGGCUGAAAAACAAUAAAUAAUGUCAUCAUAGCAUGUAAAUAAU